AUGAAUGAACUGCGUCAUGAGGUAAAACUCACUGACACUUCAUUAUUCUCUUCCGAGAGAAGUUCCGAUAUAUAUGUUAAAGGGUGGAUAAAAGGUGUUGGAAUCGACGAUCAAAAAACCGAUGUUCAUUACAGAUCGUUAUCUGGUGAAGGAAAUUUUAAUUGGCGUUUUAUAUUUCCAUUUGAUUAUAUUAAAGCAGAAGAUAGAAUAAUUUAUCCAAUUAAAGGAUCAUUUGACAUUGAACCACAUAUGAUUAAAGCGAAUUGUGAAUUAACAUUACAAGUAUGGGAUGCUGAUCUUAUUACAAGAGAUAAUUUUAUUGGAUCAAUUACAAUGCGUCUUUCAUCUUUACCACGAUGUGCAAAAACAGCAAAAAGUUGUGGUCUACAUCAACUGGAACCAGAUUGUCCAAGAUUUUCAAUGUUCAAAAAUCGGACAGCACGUGGAUGGUGGCCAGUUACUGCUGAAGAAGAAGAGGAAAUUAUUGUUCAAGGUAAAAUUGAAUGUCAGUUUGAAAUGUUGAGCAGUGCUGAAGCUGAAAGUAAUCCUGUUGGUUUAGGUCGUGAAGAACCCAAUGGACUGCCGAAACCAGAUGAGAAAUUUAAAGAUUGCGGUUCUGUGAAAGGUUCUGUAUUAUCACUGUCAAUUAUACCAUGUGAUAAGAAACCAUGCGCAUUGUACAGAGGUAAUAUGUCAUCUAUCACAAUUGCUUUCAAUUCAUCAUCGAUUGUUAACGUAGCCACAUCUGUAGUCCAUGGUAUAAUUUCAUUCAUACCAAUACCAUUUCCUUUGGAAAAUCCUAAUGUUUGUAAUUUUGUUCAUCCAUCAUGUCCUUUAAGACCAGAUGAAAAAUUGUACAUUUAUAAUUAUACAAUGCCUAUUGCAUUGACUUAUCCAGAGAUUAGGUUAACCAUUAAAUGGGAAUUACAAAAUGAACAAGGAGAAGAUUUAGUGUGUAUUGAAUUCCCAGUACAAAUAGUAUAA